AUGGCCUAUUAUGGCUUCUUCUUCGUUUUUAUCAUCGUGGCUUACCUCUUCGACAAAAUUGCAAAGCAUGUUUCUGCAAAACAAUUCCAAAACGCACAUGGUUGCAAGCCAGUACACAAAGUCCCUCAACGCGAACGCAUCAUAGGUUGGGAUAUGUACAAAUUUCAAGUCAAAACUUCGAAGGAAAAGAGAAGAUUGAAAGCCGGUUAUGAUAGAUUCAAGGACAAUGGGCAUACUUAUGUACUAUCAAUGAUGGGAUAUGAUUUCUUCAACACAAUCGAGCCAGAGAAUAUCAAGACGUUACUUUCAGUCAAAUUCAAAGAUUACAACUUGGGAGGAAGGCGUUUAGCUUUUGCGCCCCUCCUUGGGCAAGGGAUUUUUACCACUGAUGGUGCAAAGUGGGAACAUUCAAGGGCAUUGGUUAGACCAAAUUUCAACAAGUCCCAAGUAGCAGACCUCAACAUAUUCGAGAAACACAUUCAUAUUCUGUUCUCACAAAUACCCCAAGAUGGAGCAACCUUCGAUCUUCAGUCAUUAUUCUUCAAAUUGACUCUUGACACAGCUACCGAGUUUCUCUUUGGUCAAUCAGUACAUUCACUUACCAGUAUCGAAGGCUCCGAGCAGCACAAAUUUGGCGCAGCAUUUGACCUCGGCCAAAUCAAAUUAGAGAGACGAUUCUCAAUGGGUAAACUGGCGAAUUGGAUGCGCGAUUCCGAGUUCGAUGAAGCAUGCAAGACAGUACAUUCAUUUGUCGAUAAGAUUGUUCAUGAAGCUCUCGACAAAAUCGAUGCGAAGGAAGAAAAGGCCGUAGAAGGUGACGGACCCGGACGUUAUCUCUUUCUCACUGAAAUGGUGAAAGCAACGAGAGAUCCGAAACAAUUGAGAGAUGAAUUACUUAAUAUUUUACUCGCUGGACGAGAUACAACCGCAGGUUUACUCAGCAAUACAUUUCAUGUUCUCGUGCGCAGACCAGAUAUUUGGGAGAAAUUAAAGGCGGAAGUCGAUGAGUUACAUGGCGCGAAACCGGAUUAUGAGACGAUGAAGGGUAUGAAGUAUAUGAAAUACGUUUUAAACGAAUCCCUCCGCCUCUACCCCGUCGUUCCAACCAACGCCCGUUUUUCCUCUCACGAUACCGUUCUUCCCGUUGGUGGCGGCCCAGAUCGCAAAUCCCCCAUCUUUAUUCCCAAAGGUUCCGCCGUUGCCUGGUCUACCUACACUAUGCAUCGACGAACUGAUAUCUUUGGGCCCGAUGCCGAGGAAUUCAGACCCGAGCGCUGGGCGCCCGAAGAAGGUUUAAGGCCUGGUUGGGGGUAUCUACCAUUUAAUGGAGGCCCUAGGAUUUGUGUUGGUCAACAAUUCGCGCUGGCGGAAGCGAGUUAUACGAUUGUGAGGCUGUUGCAGGAGUUUGGGGGUUUGGAGGAUAGGGAUGGAACGAAUUGGGUGGAACAGUUUGCGCUUACUAUUUGUAGUGCGAAGGGGGUACAGGUGGGGAUGAUUCCGAAGUAG